UCUUCCCGUAUCGGUCUUCUCGAGAGGCAUUCGCUUCCCCAACAACCUUCCUCCUCGGAGUAGAAAGCUGAGAGAGAUUACCCUGACAUCUUCGCCUUUCUCGAGCUCCUGCCGAUAUUUAUCGUAAGGAAAGAAGAGGGUGUUGGCGACAGGUCGAGAUGGGUUCGGAGAGACCCUCGGAGGUGGCAGUUCACAUCACAGGGUUCGGGCGAUUCCUUGGGGUUCCGGAGAACCCCACAGAGGGGAUCGUGGCAGGGCUGGAACAUUUCAUGCAGGAGAAGGGGCUGCCGCAGGGUCUUCGUCUCGGAAGCUGCAGCGUUCUUGAGACUGCAGGAGAAGGGGCACUUGCUCCGCUCUACAGGGUUUUGGAGUCGGCUGUUCCCCAGACCAGCACCGAUUCUGGACGAGUUAUCUGGGUUCAUUUUGGAGUCGAUGGAAGUUCAUCAUGUUUUGCUGUCGAGAAACAAGCAGUGAAUGAAGCUACUUUUCCUUGUCCAGAUGAGUUAGGAUGGAAACCGAUGAGGGUUCCCAUCAUUGCUUCUGAUGGAGGCAUUUCACAAGUUCGGCAGACUACUCUUCCUGUGGACGACAUCGUGAAGGCCUUGGCCAAAACGGGGUACUUAGCGAGGACUUCUCUCGAUGCUGGUAGCUUCGUCUGCAACUAUGUUUACUACCAUUCCCUGUGGUUCGCGGAGCAGCAUGGCUUCGACUCCCUCUUCGUGCACGUCCCUCCUUUUGAGACCAUUCACAAGGAGAUUCAGAUGAAGUUUGUUGCCUGCCUCCUCGACGUUCUUGCUUCCUUGCCGUAAUGCCUCCAUCCAUCAGAAACCAUCGAAAGAUCUGCUUUCUCUAAGUUGUGUGAGUGAAACUUAGCUCGAAUGUCUGUAUUUCUCAAUGCUAUGUCAUGUCUCUGCAUCAGCGAAUAAAAGGCAAUUCGGUGGUUGUCUUUAUCUUGUUAUCUAUGUAAUGCUAUGGUAUGUCUAAUCCAUAUUGGCGAGCGAAUCGAGUCUUUUUACAUA